AUGAAUCUGCGUUCUGUAUUUACUGUAGAACAACAAAGGAUUUUACAGCGUUAUUACGAAAAUGGAAUGACAAAUCAAAGUAAAAAUUGCUUUCAGCUCAUAUUACAGUGUGCACAGGAGACUAAGCUGGACUUCAGUGUAGUCAGGACGUGGGUUGGCAAUAAGAGAAGAAAAAUGAGUAGUAAGAAUUCUGAAUCAGGAGCAACAACAGGAACUCUUCCCAGUACCUCUUUGACAGCUCCGGACAUUACAGUCAGAAAUGUAGUUAACAUCACUCGACCGUCAAGCCAACAGUCUUCUUGGACAUCUGCCAAUAAUGAUGACAUUGUAACUGAUGCAUACAGUCCAGCAAGUUCAUCAAGUAAGCAAGGGACAACCAAACAUUCAGAUACACAAAUUACAGAAGCACAUAAAAUUCCUAUUCAGAAAACUGCCAGUAAAAAUGAUACUGAGUUUCAGUUGCACAUUCCUGUUCAAAGACAAGUAGCACACUGUAAAAAUGCUUCUCUGCUCUUAGGUGAAAAAACAAUUAUCUUGUCAAGACAGACAAGUGUGCUAAAUGCUGGAAAUUCAGUAUACAGUCACACAAAGAAAAACUAUGGAAGCUCUUCAAUGCAGGCCUCUGAGAUGAUGGUACCUCAAAAGCCAUCUAUGUGCCACCGACCUUGCAAAAUUGAACCAGUUGGAAUUCAGAGGUCAUAUAAGCCUGAACACAUGAGUCUAGCAUCACAAAACUUAUGUGGGCAAAAGCCACCUAUUAGAGACCCUUACUGUAGAACGCAAAACUUGGAAAUCCGUGAAGUAUUUUCAUUGGCUGUUAGUGAUUACCCCCAGAGAAUUCUGGGAGGAAAUGCCCCACAGAAGCCUAGUUCAGCAGAAGGAACUUGUUUGUCCAUUGCAAUGGAGACUGGAGAUGCUGAUGAUGAGUAUGCCAAAGAAGAAGAGUUGGCAUUGAUGGGAGCACAGAUACCAAGCUACUCAAGAUUUUAUGAAAGUGGCAGAUCCCUUGGAGCAGAGAACCAAAGUACAGUACUUCCUGGACCAGGAAGAAAUAUGCCAAAUUCACAAAUGGUGAAUAUUAGAGACUUGGCAGACAAUGUACUCUAUCAAAGCAGAGACUACCAUUUGACACCACGGACCUCAUUGCAUUCAGUAGCUACUACGAUGUACAGUAAUACAAAUCCAUCACGGAGUAAUUUUUCUUCACAUUUCGCAUCAUCAAACCAAUUGAAGUUAUCACAAAACCAAAACAAUUACCAGAUUUCAGGAAACCUUACUGUGCCUUGGAUUACAGGGUGUUCUAGAAAAAGAGCACUACAAGACCGCACUCAGUUCAGUGACCGAGACUUAGCCACCCUUAAGAAGUACUGGGACAAUGGCAUGACCAGCCUUGGUUCUGUGUGUAGAGAGAAAAUUGAAGCAGUUGCAACUGAAUUAAAUGUUGACUGUGAAAUAGUUCGGACUUGGAUUGGGAAUAGAAGAAGGAAAUAUCGUUUAAUGGGGAUUGAAGUUCCACCUCCAAGAGGAGGCCCUGCUGAUUUUUCUGAGCAGCCUGAGUCUGGUUCUUUGUCUGCACUCACAUCAGGAGAGGAAGCUGGUCCAGAAGUAGGGGAGGAUAAUGACAGAAAUGAUGAAGUAUCCAUCUGUUUGUCUGAAGGAAGCUCUCAAGAAGAGUCCAAUGAAGUUCCAAAUGAGGCAAGGGUUCAUAAGGAGGAGGACCACCAUGCAGUAUCCGCAGAUAAUGUGAAAAUAGAAAUUAUUGAUGAUGAAGAAAGUGACAUGAUAAGUAAUUGUGAAGUUGAACAAGUGAAUUCUCUCUUGGAUUAUAAGAAUGAAGAAGUCAGAUUCAUUGAAAAUGAGCUAGAGAUUCAAAAGCAAAAAUACUUUAAACUUCAGACAUUUGUUAGAAGCUUGAUACUAGCUAUGAAAGCUGAUGAUAAGGAACAACAGCAGGCACUGCUGUCAGAUUUACCUCCUGAAUUAGAAGAGAUGGAUUUCAACCAUGCCUCGCCGGAGCCUGAUGAUACCUCAUUCAGUGUGUCUUCUUUAUCAGAGAAAAAUGCCUCAGACAGUUUGUAAUUUGAGGGGGCAUAUAUGACACAGCAUUUUGGCUAAGAGGUGUGCAUUUCAAGAUAAC